AUGCCGUGCGAAAGCCCGUUGAAACGUGUUAUUAUCGAGUUUUAUACUUUUCUCUUUAGUCAGAAUAUCAUGCCAAUUUGUACUUUUGUCUGCUUACUAGCUACGUGCACGCCGCAAAGUGCACAGUCAAUUUUCGCUAACUUGGGGCAGUGGGUUGAUGUGUCUGGCUUUCCUUCGUUGCCUGAAUGUAACACGGAAUCGCGUAUUGUCGGCUUUGCAGAAGUGGGGAAUCUCACGCUCUCAGUGUUGGUGAGGGAGGAAUCAAACGCCCAUGUCGAACACUACCACCUGCACUACGAUGCCGCGAGUCAAGGAUACUACAUUAGUAGUGAUAAGAAGUUGGGCAGUCUGGACGAGCUCAUAAAAUUCUACUGUGACCCAGAAACCUGCACACUCACAGUGCCACUUUGCGCUCCAUGCCCGAAAUUGGGUUACAGUGCGCAGAAAUUCAGCAGUUGCGUUGUGAGCCGAGCCAGCGUUGCGUUGAAGCACCGUCUGAGCAGUGGGAACUUCGGUGAGGUCUGGUUGGCCACCUAUCGUGGUGUGGAAGUGGCUGUAAAACGUGCUUUGGCUGCUACGUCACGGCAGGACAUUGUGAAGGAGGCUGAGGUCAUGCACCAGCUCUAUCAUCCGAGAUUGGUGCUUUUUUUGGGUGUGUGCUGCGAGCCUUCCUCAGAGCCGGUAAUGAUUAUUACAGAAUUUAUGCCAAAUGGUGCACUGGAUGGGUAUCUUCGGCAGAAGCGACCGCCCUACGGGGAAUUGCUGGACAUGAUAUUUCAGAUAAGCGAUGGGAUGGCGUACUUGGAACGACGUCGAGCAGUUCACAAUGAUUUAAGAGCAGCGAAUAUUUUAGUGGAUGCGGAUAAUUCGGUAAAAGUGGCCGAUUUCGGACUGACGAAAAUUCUCUACAACGAUAGUCGUGAUAUUUGUGAUGGAAUGUUUCCGGUUCGUUGGACACCGCCGGAGGCGACGGAGGUGGGAGUUUUCCAGUCCACUAAAUCGGAUGUUUGGUCGUUUGGAGUUCUCAUGUACGAGGUUUUUACCUACGGAGGAGUUCCCUAUGAUGACAUUCCUGAUGACAACGAAGUGAUUGUUGCGGUUGAGAAUGGUCACCGAUUAUGCAACCCCAGUGAACUCGGGUACCAGUGCGAGGAUAGGAUAUACGCCAAGAUGCAGGCGUGCUGGGACUCUGAUCCUGAGGCUAGACCAACUUUUGAGGAGCUCUACGACUUUUUCAAACCCUCCGAUGCAGCUCUUCCAUGA